AGUUACUAAGAUUAUUAAGGUCAAGUAAACAACAUCCAAACACGAUAGAAUUUAAUGAAUAAUCAAUGAAAUUGCAUGCUAUACACUAAUUAAAACCAUAGAUAUUAAAUGUCCCAUAAAACACAAUCAUUUUACCUAGUUUUACUUAUUGUUCAAGGUGUUUUACCAAACUUGUACGCAAAACUAAAAUUUUAAGAGAAUGGAGUGUCCGGAAUAUCCUGACGAGUCGGAAUGUUGUAAUUCCGGCUGUAAUCCUUGCAUUUUCGACGUUUAUGUUGCACAACUUGAAAAAUACAAAAAAAGUCAACUUGAGGGCUCAACACCCAAAGAAAACUGUCUAAAAGAGCUUAAAUAUGUUCCAUUCAAACUGAUAAACAUCAUAAACGACAGUUUACGCACAAAUAUUUACAUUUUUGAGUAUAUUUCAGAGUUUUCCAGUGACAAGCAAGUAUUUUAUGAACCAGGACAACAUUUAUUGAUCAAAAAGCAGUCAAAUGUUGAUCAAAGUGAUUUUACAAGAGCCUACACUCCAAUUCCAUGGGAAAACCUCGCGGGUAAUCAAUUUGCUGUGCUGAUAAAGCUUUAUGAUGAUGGUGACAUGUCUCAAUGCAUAAAAAGACUGAAAAUUGGCGAUGAAACAAUUUGGAGGGGACCAUAUGGUGAUUAUACAAUAGAUUACACAUUAAACUGUAUAUUAAUGAUUGCACAAGGCACAGGAAUAGCUCCUUUGCUUGCAAUCAUUAAAAAAGUGUUGGAAAAUGACGAAUGUGAAACGCGAAUGAAACUUAUUUACUGCUGCAGGGAUUUUGAGCAAAUUCACUUGAGAAAUGAAGUUUACAAGUUGCUAGACUACUGGAAUUUCAAGUAUGAACUGUUUUUAAGCGCCUCGGGGUUAGAUUUAGAUGAAAUAAAGUAUGGGGAGGUUGUAAAUGCGAAAAAAUUGGAAGAAAACGAUUUGAAAUCAAUAUUAGAGCAAGAAAACUGGUCUCAGGUGUUGAUUUGCGGUAAUGAGAAGUUUUCAAAAUCGAUCAAAGACGUAAUUCAACAGAAUUCAACUGUUUUUGUUCAUACAUUUUAAAUUAAACACAUUUAUUGUUAAGUAUGACGCCAUUUUGUUUCAUGUUGACUUUUGACAGUUUUACUGCUGUGGGUUUUCACAAGUGAUGCGUUGCUUGCAAUAGGGGCAAGAUCCUUGUACUUUAGUGCUGUAUUCCUGUAGAGAUUGUUGUAGAAACUAAAAACGAGUAAAAACAAAGUAAAAGUAAAAA